CAAGAAAAAGAGCGUACUUCCAUCUUAAAGGCCGAAAACGCAUUUGCAACCCCUCUGGUGUUGCAGGUGUCCAUGUGCGGCGGUAAUCGCUUGCCAUCAGGUGAUUCGUCUGCUCGCUUGCCUCCUCUAUCAUAAAAAAAAAAGAAAAGAGAUAUAGAUCUAACACGUGGAGGCCCCUUGGAGAGCUUUAAUGUUAUGUAGAAUGCCUGCUGGUACCCGUUCACAGACGCAACAAUAGACACCCGUGAACCGGUCGCAGUAGGCGUUGGGGCUACUGUAGAAAAAGUGAACAGUAUUAUUUUUUAAAAGUUAAAGGCACAACUAUUCUGCCAUUGAGUACCAUUCAAUAUUCGCUCAUUCAAUAUAAUUGUGCAAUAUUAGCUGUAUUUGCACGCAUGAGAUCCUUAAAAAAUAUAAAAGUUAUAUAGUCUUUGAUUUUAUUAAGCAGUAUUCACACGAUCAUACACGUCGGUCUUACACGACUCUAUACCUACAGCUUGAAAUGAUGCUGACCGGGUCGUGUAGACGCGGCCCGCAGCUAUAUUAAUUGGCUAUAUGCGUUUUUCUUAGUGGACACAUGUUUUUAAAAAGUAAAAAACAAUACAGUAAUAACUUUCCCGUCCGCUAAAACACGACAACAAUGGUUUGAAUUUUAUUAAUUUGUGUUUGACCAUAACGAAGAACUUCCCGUACGAUUUUUGCUACAAACAGCUGAAAGGUGAACAUUUCCGAGUAUAUUGGAGAAAACAAUAUUUAUUUACUUACUUAUACCCCCUUGUUCAUAAUAUUUUGCCAGCCUGAUUUAGUUAAAAUAUGUUGUAUUCCUUUCUUACAAAUAAUUGAGGCAAAAUUACAGAUAAAGACAAAUGAUUCAUAGCUAAUUCAGGCCACUAACGUGCUUAUGAAUAACGCCAUUAGUAAAAAAAAUGCACUUAUCUUCAGUAACCUUAGAAUAUUUCGUACCUACCUAUAAAAUUAUUUAUUUUUCUGACGCCGACAUUUUUCACGCAGGAAACACAGGUAUCAUUAUUAAACUAUUUUACGAUGUGCCUGUUAUUCAACCAGGAAUAUCGGUGAACACAUUGCUGUCAGCGAUCUGCCGAGGCAGAUCAUGAUGUUAAUUUCAUGAACAGGUGGACUUCACGAUCCGCCGCCGACAGAUAUAAAAUUGUGUGUAUUAUUAUUGUUAUGUAGGUAGGUACUCUAUUCAUAACCUUAAAAAUGAAAUCAUUUCACCUUCUAGAAUUUGAUAUGUUACUGUUGUAAAGAUAAAUUAAUCAAUGUCAUUAAACAUAAUCAAAAAUCAAAUAAAUGGACAAGUAUUAGUACUUAUAUAAAGCAUGUUAUGAUCAUGACUAAUUAGUCAUCAUAGUUAUGAUUGCGAUUGAUGUUGACCGCUUUUCAUUAUUUUGUUUGAUACAAUCAAAUUUUAUCAUUGAAAAUUUCAUUGAAACAACUGAUUAACGGAUUAUCACAGAUUAUCUUUUUUUCUUUUAUAUAAGUAUUAAUGUAGGUAAUCGCAACAACAUAGUUUUUAUCUAGAGGUAAAAAUGUUGAGUGACAAGUGUGUAUUUAUCAUAUUCGCUAUAUCCCUACCAGGAAGUCAAAGUGAGACACUACACCAGGAGCGAAAGGUUGAAUCACGUUUCUUAGGAACCCUCAACAGAUACUACGUAUCCUCAUGGGAGCUCAUCGUCAAUGGUACCGAAUAUGUUAAUUUAGUUAACACAGUACCAGCCAUCAGUGAGUUGGAAUUCCUCGACGGGUCACAGAACAUCGCUAUAGUCAUUCAUGGGCGGGAUAGUUCAGCCUUCAGCGAGUUUGGCCAAACGUUACGUUCAUCGUUUAUAACAAGCGACCAUGAGCUGACAGUGAUUUUAGUAGACUGGGCCUUAGUUGCAUCUAUGGAUUAUGCAACAGCAAUCAACGCUGUACCAUUUGUCGCCGACGAUAUCAUCGCUUUGAUAGUCCAACUGGAGGCUGCGAACAAGAUUAAUCGUAGCCUUGUUCAUAUUGUGGGCUUUGAUAUUGGAGCACACAUUGCUGGACUUGUAAGCAGGGAUUCGCGUGCUCGAGUACAGAGAAUAACUGGUUUAUCUCCCGCCGGGCAAAAUUGGGAUUCCUUUUCCCGUCGUUUACGAGCCACCGACGCUAAUUACGUCGAAGUCGUACACACCGAUUACUCAGGCACUAGGGCUUUUGGCAUUAGUGAGACGAUUGGUACAGUGGAUAUAUUCGCUAACACUGGCACACGUCAACCGGGCUGUGCAAACAACCAGUGCAACCACGACCGGGCCUGGCAGCUGUUUGGGGCGACACUGGACAUGGGUGGCCACCUGAUGGGCCUUAGGUGUGAUUCUUUGGCGGACAUGACGAGAAAUCGAUGUGUUGGUGCUCCCGCUGUGUCCUUGGGUACCAAUGAUUUAUUUAAACUGGGAACUGGAAUUUACCGGGUCAAUACGGGCAGAGCGUAUCCGUACAACUCCUGAGAAGUUUCGAGAUUUAUUAACAUUGUUAAAAAUUGUGAUAAUAAAUGUUAAAUGCCCAAUGUUGUCUUUCAAUUGUAUAUUUUUUUAGUAAAAAUUAAAUAAAUAAAAAUAUUUGUCAAGUGCCUAUUACAAGAGUAAAUCCUAGGAUUAUAAGUGAAAAAGCAACUUUGUCAGUCUGUCUGCCUGGUACCUCUUCGCGCUUUAAGUGUCUGAACCAAUGUAUAUGACGGCGGGAUGGCAAAAGGUGGGGGGCUCAGAACCUCGAUGUAUCACACAGAUGUAUCACUUCACUGUUUCACUAGUAUGCUACGAGUAGCAGUUAAUGAAAUACGCUUUCUGAUACAUUAACCGUACUAGUUCCUACUAUAUGGCUAUUAAAUUAAUCAAAUUAAAGUUUUAUAAACAUACACCAAAAAAAAUUAUAAACGUCAGUAUUUUGAAAGUAAAACUCAUUUAUAUUAUGCCCAAUAUGCCCAUCCGUAAUGAAAAAAAAAACCAUUACGGCCCUGGGUAUAAAAUAGCUCAUCCAUCUCAGUAUUCUGGCAUUCAAUAACACCGUUUACGUGCAAGUGUGACACAAAAUAUUUUAAACUGCUAUUAAAUGAAUUAAAUUAAAUAUUUUUAAACAUACACAAAAAAGAAUUUAAAUACCCAAUGUGCCCAUGAGCAUAAUGGAAUAAAAAAAUCAAUUACGCCCGUGGGCAAAACCU